GAGCUUGCAGUCAACCAAAUUAAGUUGUUUAUUAUAUUAUCAGUUAUUUGUUAGUAUUUGGAAACCGUUUUAUUUGGUAACCAUGACCGAUUCGGAUGAGGGCGCCUGGAUACCCUGGUUCUGCAAGCAGCGCGGCAACGAGUUCUUCUGUGCAAUAGACGAGGACUACAUUCACGACAAGUUCAAUCUAAACUUUCUCGACUCGAAUGUGAGCAACUAUCGGCGCGCCUUGGAAGUUAUACUGGAUCUGGACACGGGCUCCGGCUCGGAUGCACCGCCCGAAAUUGAGCUGGAGCAGUGCGCCGAGAAGCUAUACGGGCUCAUUCACGCACGAUUCAUAUUGACGAAUCGCGGCAUUGAGCUCAUGUUGGAGAAGUAUCAGAAGAGCGCCUUUGGCAUAUGUCCUCGUGUUUUUUGUCAGCGCCAGCCAGUGCUGCCCAUCGGCCUGAGCGAUAAUCCCGGAGAGGAUAUGGUGCGCAUCUUUUGCCCCAAGUGCAACGAUGUCUAUGUGCCCAAGUCGGCGCGGCACGCGGCCAUAGAUGGCGCCUUCUUUGGCACCGGCUUCCCCCACAUGCUCUUCAUGGUCAAGCCCGAAGUGCGCCCCAAACGCACCAAGCAGAGGUUUGUGCCAAGAUUAUAUGGGUUCAAGAUUCAUCAGUUGGCGUAUCGAUCGGUCGAUCCCAGCAUCAAGAUGCCACAAGGUGAUCUCGACAGCAACUAAGUGUUCCGUCCUACAGGCCACAUCUUCGAUCCCAUGAACAAAUUAUAUAUAUAUAGCAUAUAUACAUGAACUACAGUUUAUUGUCCUCUGUUUCCAUUUGUUUUUCUCGCCCUUUUCUAAGAAUCUCAUUAA